AUGGAUGAACAUUUCUGGCAAAAGUUAAUUAAUUAUUUCAGAGUUGAUAGUGUCUUAGAAAAAGAAUUUACUAAUGACCCUAAAGCUAAUAUGAAUUAUUGUUUUACAGCUGCUAGGGAUUUUCUUGGAAUUCCAAUUAUUAUGGAACCUUCAUUAGUUGCUAGUGGAUUUUUAGAUGAUGAAGUAUUAACAAUGUACCUAGUUUAUUAUGUACUCAAUGAUAAGAAUAUACGUGAUGAUGAAGAAAUUAAAUUUCUUCAAAAUGAUAUUAUUUCUGUUUCAUCACCAAGUCAAUUAAGUAGGUCAACAAGAGCUCGACCAAAAACAAUGAAUUUAACAAUGGCAGGGUCACGUCUUUCAGAGAAACUUGACUUAGAAGAUUAUGAAGAAUUAAAUCUAGAAGAUAUGAAAGGAGAUGAAGCUAAAACAGAAAGUGAAGGAGAGAAGGGGUUGGUUGAAGAAUUUUCUAAUAGAAGAGAUAACUUUAACAAAAUGGGAGAAACAGAAUUAGAACUAAGAAGAAUGAAAGAAGAGAAUGAAAGAAUAAAAAAAGCACUUAAAAGUAAACAAAAUGAAUGUGCUGAAAUGACAAAGAAAGUAGGAGAAUUAAAUGAUUCUAUUACUCAAAAAGAAAAGAGUUAUAUACAAAUGAGAGAUGAAAGAGAAAAAAUAGAAGAAGACUUAAAUGAAAAACUUCAUAAUAUGUUUAUUGAACUUAAAGGUGUAAAAGAAGAACGAGAAAAAUUAAUAAAUGAAAACACUGAAAAAGGAAAUAAAAUUAAUUUACUAAAUAAAACAAUAGAUAAUCUCCAACAAGAAAAAAAACAAACAAAAAAAUCAUUUGAUGAACAAAUUAAUUUUAUGGAAGGAAGAAUUAACACAAUUCAAAAUAGAUGUGAGACACAAGUUAAUGAUGAACGUCUUAUUAAUGAAACAUUAAAAAAAUCUAAUAAUGCUUUUAUUCUGCAUAACGCAGAAUUAACAUCAACAAAUGAACUUCUUAAAAAAGAAAAUGAAGAAUUAAAAAAAGAAAAUAAUAAAAUUACUGAAGAACUUAGUCAAGUAAAAUCAUCAACAAUAGGAGAAAAAGAGGAAAUUAAUAUAAUAAAAAAAGAAAAGAGUGAAUUAGAAGAAAUAAUAAAACAAUUAAAAAACGAAAAUGAAGAAUUAAAAACAGAAAAUGAAAAUAAUAAAAAAGAAAUUAAAGAACUAACAUUAAAUAUCCAAGAAAUACAAACUCUUCUCAAUAAAACUCAAACAGAAAAUAGUACCAAAAUUUCAGAGUUAGAAGAAAAAUUAAAAGAUUCUCAAAAAGAAUUAGAAGAAAUACAAAUUAAUUUAAAUCAAGAAAAAGAAAUAAAUAAUAAAUUAAAUGAGCAAAUUAGUAAAUGUAAUAAAGAAAUUCAAUCUCUAAAUGAUAAAAACAUAGAAUUGGAAAAAUUAGUUUCAACAUUACAACAAGAAAUUGAAAACAAUAAAAAAGAAGUUGAAGAUAGUAAAAAAGAAGUUGAAGAUAUGAAAUAUGAAUUAGAACAUUAUAAAAGUGAUGAUAAUGAUAGAGAACAUCAAUUAGUUGAUUUACAAACUGAAGUAACUCAAUUAAAAGAUGAGAUUCAAUCAUUUAUAUUAAAACAACAAAAAGCUGAUGAGCUGAUAAAAGACUUAGAAAAUCAAAUGUCUAAUCUUCAAAAAGAAAAAGAAGAUAUUUUACAUAGCUUAGAAGUAGAAAAACAAAAUAGAAUUAAAGUUGAAGAGGAAAGCCAAAAAACUAUUGCUGAAUUUAAAAAGAAUGUUGAACUAUUUGGUGUGCUUGAUGAAGAUGAUCGUAAAUCUUUAUUUAUAAGUAUUGCAUUAGCUAUUAAACUUGCACUUAAUACUAAAGUUAGUAAUGACUUAAGUAUUACUGAGUUGUAUGAUGAAAUAAAAGAAAAAAGUAUUUUACUGAAAAAUUGGAAUAAUUGGCUGUUUGAACGUCUUUCCCAUCCAUAA